AUGACAUCCGAGCCAUUCCGGGAAUCUGGAUGUGGGCACUGCUUGGGAGUGCUGAUGCUGCUAUAUGGACUAUUCAACACGUAUCUUUUCAUUAAAUUUACACCCGUCUACACCGCCACAUCGUGCGGUGAUCAAACGGCCUUGUUGAAGAAGUUCGAGGUCGGGGACUCCAUUCACGUAGGUGUGGAAAUACACGUGCUGUGCUCUAACCCCAACCCCUACGAUGUCAAGAUUUUGAAUGACACGCCCGGUCAUGUGUACGUUGGCAAAGAUCGAGGUACAAAUGUUGGUGUGCUUACACUUUUGGAAGGCUCAACACUCCCGUCAGAAGGACAAGGAACUAUCAAAGUAUAUAUGGACAGUCGAAUAUCCAAAGACUCGUCUGGAACCUUGGCCGAGCAAUUCCUUGGUAAAGGCGAAAUUCCAAUCUACCUGGAGCUGAAGUUCAACGUUGGGGUGGAUGUCAGCUUCGGACUGCAGCACUUCGGGACCACAGCUCCUUUUGACAAGAAGUGCGGGAUGAAUAUUGGUGGAAUGUUUGAGCGAUCGCAGAACAAGCUCGGACCGAUGCUUUGCCGCGGCAGCUUCGACGAGCUAGGCGAUCUCCCGCACUUGGGCGAGGCAGUUCCAGGCGAGAUGUCCUUUUCUGCCGCACAGAUGGAUCCAGAUCGGGUGCAAAUGGGCGAGCGACUAAAGAACAUUGGAAUUCUGGGUGUUGGUGGAUUUUGCUAUCUGCUCGGCUUUUUCAUGACCUACACCUGGUUCCAGAAACUCUGGGCCGUGUGUCAGUCUGGUCCAGCUCUACAGCGGGCAUCCAGCCGAACAGUUUCGCGGGAUGGAUUGACGAGUUCGUGCAUUCGUGCAAGAAGCGGUAACUUGCUAGAGACUGAGCAGCCGGAGCAGAUGCCAUGGCACCGGGGUUUGCUUGGUGGUCUUGGCAAGGACAGGCAUAGGCCCAAGCGGAGCCAAUUGGAUGAACGCUCAAAGCUAAUCAGUUUGCUCUCCUGUGGCAUGAUCAAGUGGACGCGUGGAAUGGAUGGAGGGCAGCCGACAUUGUUGUACGAAUGUAGCCGCAGCCUGCGCGAAGGGCAGGCAGCCGUUGGUGUGGCCGUGCCAGCCAGUGGCGAAGUCAACCUGGAUUGCAGGCACGAGGUCAAGAUCGCAGACUUCGGCUUGUCCAAGUGCUUACGACGAGUUGGAGAACAAGAAGCAGGAAUGACAGCCUGCGGAACUUUGGACUACUUGGCACCAGAGGCGCUGCGAGACGACAUGCCGGUGCUGUUCCGGAAGACAUGGAGGAGCAUGCGAGCACGACCUGGGCUGCGGCGGCUGGCCAACCACAUCAUCAAGUCCGUCGCUAAGGGACAUGGACGUCGAGUGAUUCUGGAUGCUCGCGAUGACGAAAUUGUUAGGAUGAAAAGUGAGAUGCAUGAGAUGAUGCGGAUCCAGCAGCAGGGACUGGAAAUGCUCAAGGUCGACAACGACGACAAGGAGAAGAACAGCAAAAAUCAAAAGAAGAAGCACAAGAAGAGCAAGCGGGACGAUUCGUCUCCAUCCUCCAUUGACAACAAAGCUCUAACGAAGCUGCUGAUGAAAGUUAUCACGAAUACAAAGGAGGACAAGGAUGCCACCAGCAAGCGGAUCCUCGAGCCGGAGCCGCUCGAGCCUUUGCUCCAAAGCAAGACUGAUGGCAUUGAACCUGUGUGGCAGGAUGAAGUCACUGUGCCUGAGGAUGAGGCUGCUCCGGAGGAAGUUGACUGUUGUGAUGACGAUGACAUGGGCAUUCCCUCUGGUCAUAAUGAGGGCACUCUAGCGUCGGAAGACGUCUCUGAGGAGGUGUGGUACUCAGUGGAGGAGUUCCCAGAUUUCCCAGCCGGGCAUUGGUACAUGACCGACAAGGCCCGAUUUUCGCUCACCAAGACGAUGACGAUUUACCUGCGUUUCUACAGGGGGGGGGGGGCGAUCCAGACUGCUACGAAGCCUGAUGACCUGAUCUGUUCCCAGAGGGUGGCAUCGGCACUUCUUCUGGCGAAGUUCCCGCCCAAUCGAACUGUCCUGACGCUGAGCCGGAGUGACAGUAUCCACUGGGGGCGCGCCGUCCGGCGAGGCCCCGGCGGUCACAGCAACGACGAGCGAUCGCAGCGGCAGGCCAAGCCUGGCACGGUUACCUUUUCUGCGAUCAAGGCCAUUGAGGUCGUGAAGUAUAGCUGCAAAGCUUCAGCGACAAAGAUGAGCGGGGGCGAGUCGAAGUGCUCGUCGGGAUUCGCCCAGAGGGCUGGAGCUAUCCACAAUGCCUUUCAUGUUUUUGGUGAGGAAUGGGAGCCCUCGCUCUCAGAGUACCCGGCUGUCGGGCUCACGGCUUACCGCCAUCCGAACUGGGGGUCCAUGCCGAAGAUCGGCUACCGUGCCACGUUCUGGUCCAACUUUCCGAGCUUGGUGGCCGACGGCUUGCUCCGGGGUGGUGUUACACUCGGCGGGGCGGAGGUUGAGUUCGCAAUUGACUUGCAGCUCACGUGCUUGGAAGGGUGUCGCAUAUUUGAGACCAAGAACGAUGUGCCGAAGACACUUGACUGGCUUUCCAGCAGAUUCCUCAUUAAGGCGUAUCUGGAACGAGACGAGACCGGGCCAGUCUUCAAUGCCGACUUGGCCGAUCGCGCGGUGGAGGGCGUUUUCAACGUCGAUGGAUGCAUCAUCCAGUUUGAGCACAACAGCAGUCUGGACGGGGCGCUGGCAGAGUGGUGCAGCAGUGCAGCUGCAAGCUUUUCAGUCCGAGUGAUGUUUUUCACCUCGCUGAGCUUGCGGAUCUGCGGGCAGAAGCCUUGCCAAGGUGGCAGCAACGUUGGCUUGAUGUACCUCGCACCGAGGUCGCCGAGGUCCAGUCUCAAUGCCCGCUUGCGUGAGCACACUCGCGAGGAGCAUGAUCAGAAGCAGAGCGUGGCAGCGACUCUCAAGGCCACGUGCAAAAAGGCCGUCGCCAAAACUGCAGAGAGAAGGCACGCAGACAUGCCCACGCAGCUGGCCAAUGAGCCGUUUAUUGCUUUCAACUUCAUGUCUAAGCGGAUGACAUUGAGGUCGAUCGACGAGAUCGAGAUGUUCGCCAGAGAAGUGCGGCCACGCAUCGACCCAUUUACCAUCCUCACACAAGAGGUCCAGCCCUUGACGUGGACUGUGCGCGAGAUUAUGGCUUCUAACAACACAGCCACACGUUUCUCCGUUGAGCGCAAGCGCAGCUGGCUGAGUGAGACGCUUGGUCCGGCGUGGAGCAUCGCCUACAGAUCAACCGAUGCCAUCCAGCGCAACCAAGGCUGGGCGCACAGCAAGGUAAAGGCAGGCCAAAGGCACCUGCAGUGCCGCCACGCGCCGUUUCCGCCACAGCUUCAGGUCCCGCGCCGUCCGGCCAAUACAGACGUCAACUGGGAGUAUCAGAACGCCUGCGGCGAAGCAAUUGCUCAGCAAUUCGAACACCUCAGGGACACUUUCUACAAAGUUCUCUGA